AACAAGUGCAGUAAAAUUUAAAUGUAUGAUUUUGCUACCAGAUUUCAAUAUCUUUUCAGUAAAAAAUUCACCAAAAACUAUUUCAACAUAGAAAAUCAAAUUGUUGCCAAACUUUUGGAGGGGUGUACAUUGUAUGUAUGACAAAUACAAAAAAUGCUUUUUUGUGAGGUACACCGAAGAAGGGGAAGAUUUGUGGAUACAUAGAAAAUCGAACCCCUGGUCACCAUUUGCUGGCUACGCCACUGAAAAGGGAGUUACACUGAGUUGCACUCAGUUGGUACAUAUUAAACACUAUAAUAUGUCAGAAAACUCAGCCGAAAUCAAAGCAUGGAUUGUUUUGGCAGCAUGUUCUGUAUUAGUGAUAUUACGUAUCCAAAUGGAAUUAAGUUUUGGAGUAAUCACUGUUGAGAUUGAGAGUGAAGGCAGGAACCAAACUACUCUGGCAAAACAAAGUA